AUGCACAUAUACAUAACUGCUCAUAUAAUAACUGCUGUUAUUGGGUCUGGAGUACUGUCAUUGGCAUGGAGUACAGCACAGCUAGGAUGGAUUGCAGGGCCAAUUGCCCUUCUUUGCUUUGCAAUUGUCACCUAUAUUUCUGCAUUCCUCUUAUCAGAUUGUUACAGAUCUCCUGACCCAGUAACCGGAACGCGAAACUACUGUUAUAUGGAUGCUGUCAGAGUGAACCUUGGUAGUAUAUUGAACAUUUUCUUCUGUUUUUCUUGUUUCUUUCUUUUUAAUUUGCUCAUUUGAUUUAGUGAUAGUUCAGGUAAGACGCAGACGUGGUUUUGUGGCUUGCUUCAAUACUUAAGCAUGUAUGGGACUUGUGUUGCUUAUGUUAUUACUACUUCAACCAAUUGUAGAGCAAUUCAAAGGUCAAAUUGCUAUCACAGAGAAGGGCAUAAAGCUGCAUGUGCAUAUGGAGAUAAUUUCUUUAUGCUUGUAUUUGGACUUGUUUAGAUAAUAGUUUCACAAAUACCAGAUAUUCACAGCAUAGAAUGGCUCUCAGUAGUUGCAGCUAUCAUGUCCUUUGCUUACUCUUUUAUAGGUUUUGGACUUGGCUUUGCAAAAGUUAUUGAAAAUGGAAGGAUUCAAUGGGGAGCAUUAUCAGGAGUGCCAAGCUGCCAAUGUUGCUGAUUUAAACUAUGGCUAGCCUUAGCACUAGGCGAUAUUGCUUUUGCCUAUCCAACUUCAUUCUUUCUAGAAAUUCAGGACACACUGAAGUCACCUCCUGCAAGAGAUAAGACAAUGAAGAAAGGAUCAUAUGGUUGCAAUUUUCAUUACCACUCUUUUACCUCUGCCUGUGGAUGCUUUGGAUAUUGCACUUUUGGUGAUAAAACACCUGGAAAUUUAUUAACAGGAUUUGGGUUUUUUGAGCCUUAUUGGCUCAUUGACUUUGCAAAUGCUUGUGUUCUUAUUCAUUUGGUAGGAGGAUAUCAAAUAUAUAGCCAGCCAGUGUUUUCAUUUGUAGAAGGAUGGUUUUCCAACAAGUAUCCAAGAAGUGGGUUUGUGAAUGAAUUCUAUACCUUUAAACUUCCAUUGUUUCCCCCUCUUCAAGUGAAUCUUUUAAGGGUAUGUUUCAGAACAGCUUACGUGGCAUCAACUACUGCUAUUGCAAUGGUCUUCCCUUACUUCAACCAAGUCUUAGGAGUUUUAGGAGCAUUGAACUUUUGGCCGUUGGCUAUAUAUUUUCCGGUGGAAAUGUACUUUGUGCAGAAGAAAAUUGGGCCUUGGACAAGAAAAUGGAUUGUCCUUAGAACAUUUAGUGUUGUUUGUCUGCUUGUCACAAUUUUAGGCUUGAUUGUUCAAGGCAUUAUCAGUGCAAAAUUAAGAUAA